AUGGUGGAUGAUGUAGGAGAAGUGAACGUGGUGCAAGUCGUAACCGAUAAUGCUGCAAAUUAUGUAAAGGCUGGUAAAUACUUGGAAGCUUCAAAGCCUAAUUUAUAUUGGACACCUUGUGUUGCACAAUGUCUCGAUUUGAUGUUGGAGGACUUUGGGAAGAUUAAAAAGAUUAAAGAGAUGUUAAAAUCUGCAAUGUUCGUGAAUGCAUAUAUAUAUAACCACGUUGGUCUUGUGAACAUGAUGAGAAGGUUCACUAAUUCACAUAAUUUGCAUCGGCCCGCGGUUACGCGUUUUGCAACAUCAUUUAUCACUAUCUCCCAAAUGCACAAGCAAAAGCAUAUUUUGCAGAAGAUGAUUGUCUCUUCCGAGUUUCUUAAUAGUAAAUGGGGAAAGGAAGUUGGUGGGAAAAGACUUUACUCUAUUCUUAUCAAAGAAAAGUUUUGGAGAAAUAUAGUGUACACCAUGAAGUUGACAGGACCUCUAGUUAAGGUCCUUAGACUUGUUGAUGGAGAUAAAAAGCCCGCCAUGGGAUACAUAUAUGCGGCAAUGAAAAGGGCUAAAAAUACCAUAAAGGCGAGUUUCAAACGCGAGAAGCAAUAUGCUAAAGCGAUAGAGAUCAUAGAAAGAAGGUGGCAAUGCCAACUUGGAAGACCUUUGCAUGCUACAGGCUACUUUUUGAAUCCCGAAUAUUAUUACGCAAAUGCAGAUGAGGCAAAAAAUGAGAGAUCAUGGGGGCCGUUGUGA